CCCUUCUUCGCUUCUCCCUCUCCUCGUGCACGCCCAAGUCUCCUCAGAGGCUUUAUAUAAAGAGCAGCUCGAGUCCGAGAUUCUCCCAUGCCAUGAAUCGCAGCUCACUCCUCUGCUUCCUUCCUCGCUGUUUGCUUCUGGUUUGAUUGAUCGACGAUGGAGCACAAGGACAGGCAGCGGCAUGCAGCGGCGGCGGUGGCUAAGCCGCGGCAGCGGUCGGCGUCGUUCCACGGGCGCGGCGAGGCGGAGCAGCGACACUCGCUGCUGAAGCAGCGGCCGCGGACGCAGCCCGACCUGCUUGCCGGCCUCAGGGGGCAGAGCUUCCGGCGAGGCGGCGGCGAGGGGCGGGCGCCGGCGGGGCCGAGCAGGGUGCUGCUGACCGUGGCGGUGCGGCAGAGCAUGUGGCCGCUGCACGUGAUGGCGCGCGCGGAGUGGAGCGUGGCCGACCUGGUCGCCGCCGCCGUGGAGCUCUACAUCCGGGAGGGGCGCCGGCCGCUGCUGCCGUCCGCCGACCCCGCCGCCUUCGGACUCCACUUCUCCCAGUUCAGCUUGCAGAGUUUGAACCCGGAGGAGAAGCUCAUGGAGCUCGGCAGCAGGAGCUUCUUCCUCUGCCCCAAGGCCGCCGCCGCCGCCGUGGCUGCCGUCUCGUCGGGCGAAGACACCGGCGGCUUGUCCGGGGAAGACGAGGCCAACUCUGCCAAGAAGCCCAGCGUGUUGGCUCCAUGGCUAGGGUUCCUUCACUUCUGGCCGCUGCUGUAGGUUAUAGUACUAGUUAAUACUGCCAUUUGUGUAGGUCACAGUAAGCUGCAUGUAUCACCUGUUUUUUUUGGAUAAUGGUAUGCAGCAUCUGUGAACUAUGGUAAUCUUAGUUUCUUUUUUCUACUAAAUGUAUAUAUACAUUAGUGUUUACUAAGUGAAAUUAUACUGUUACAGUUUUGGAGAUCCGAUUUGUUGUGGCUCAUAAUUGGCAUACAAAGUCGAAUUGUUCAUUUGGAUGUAGCUGCAAAUUGUACAAUGCGAACUUAGAUUCUGUAUGAGAUUGAACA